ACUGCAAAAAUCAGGCACGAAUGGCAUGAACGAGCGAAUGGAUGAAUACGAACUGAAUUAUUCUUAUCUUAACAACAGAUUACGUUAAGAACGAGAAGAUUAUCACAAUUCUUUUUGAACAUUUGUUUUGUACUAAUGUGUCAUUAGUCGAUACGUGCUUAGAGAAAUGCAUGACAGGCUUUCGAGAGGUUAUGUAAUAGUUAAUUAAUUUUGAAUCACCGGAGAGCCAGGAUGACAGGAUAGUGCAAUACUUUCAUCUAUAAGAAAAUAUUCGCCACUCCCAAGUACCGUAUAUUAUUAAUAUUUUAUGUAAUUCAUUCCCAUUACUAGAAGCCAAAUUUUAUAUUUUUCGCACCUAACCUCAAAGCUUUCACGGUAUUCGUUAAAAUAUAAUCAUGUCAAAUGAUAAAAACACCCCAGUAACCAAGCCCGGAGAUGGUUUAAGAUCAUUGCGAAGUACCAUGCUAUUCAGAGCCAUAAACUAUGAGCUUUAUGUAAAACCGAAUGCUGUAAUAAUGGCACUGGGUGUUCUGGCUAUGACUGGAUGUGCCGGGUAUAUUUUUUACAUGCGCAGCAAGUAUGAGGAAAUGGGCUAUUACUCGGCAAUUGAAGAAGAUGGCAAAGAAACGUUUAAGAAAAGGAAAUCAAAAUGGGACGAUUAAAAACUUAGUAAUUUAUUUUCUUUUUUUUUCUGUAGGUUCUUGCCGACGCUUUUAACUGUAAUAUUUACUAUACUUCAAGGAACUAGAUAUAGAUUUGAAGAUAUUUAUUUUUGGGCAAUUUUCGUUUAUAAAUAAAUAUGUAAUAUAUAGACUUUAUUUAUUCUAUGUGGGUUUAUGUAUAUCAUUAGCCGCAUCUUAUUCAUGAUCUGUAAUUAUCAUCUACAGUCUACAGUCCGUUGUUGAACGGAAUAAUACAUUUUUUUCAAAUAACAUUUGUAAAGCAUUUUAAUAACUUAUUUUCCUCUUGUUUAUAUCACCCGAUAGUAAGACUGCGAGGAAAUAUUAAUUACAAAAUUGAAGAGUAUAACAAUUAAAUGCAACAAUCAAAUAUAGACACAAUUUUUGGUUGGUGUUUUAAAGCUACGUAACCAUCUUCUUGUUUCUUUUUUAUGGAGCUAAAAAUGCGACUGAGGUAUAAAAUACAUAUUUUCUCUAAGUUUACGUCUUAUAGUUGACCUUAAAAAUUUUCCUUCAAUACGAUGAGAGGCUGGGUUUUGAACUGUUCAAAUAUGUUACCAGAUAUGAAUGAAAUUUUACUUCAAACAUACCCUUCAGAUAAUUAUCUUUAUAGUAAGAGUAGAAAAAUUCAUACCAAAUUCGUUGCAAACUAAUUCUGAACACCUCGAUGGUUUGUACUAUAUUCUGAAUGAUGAUUU